AUGGCCAAAACAGAGAAGUCAUUUCCAAGAAACUUUACAGGUUGUCUAACAUGCGUCCAGGUGCUAAACAUUAUGGUAUUGUUGGGCUUUAUGUUGAACUACGCCCUUCGUGUAAACCUCACCAUCGCUAUUGUGGAGAUGACAUACAAUCAAACACAAAUUGCCGACACCAACCAGACAAUUCACAACGUAACCGAGCAUCCAGAGCACAUAGAACAAACUCGCUACAACUGGAAUACGAAGCAGAAGAAUCUCCUGCUCGGUUGCUUCUUCUGGGGUUACGUGCUUACAGAACUUCCAGGCGGUCGACUCGCUGAAAUUGUUGGAGCCAGACGGGUGUUUGGCUACAGUACCCUGAUAGCCAGUAUCCUGACCCUCCUCACUCCAGGCGCAGCGGCUCUCGGCUUCGGCUGGAUUGUAGCUUCGAGAGUAUUCCUAGGAUUCUGCUUAGGAGCAACAUGGCCAGCUAUUCUACCGAUGGCAUCUAAAUGGAUUCCGGCAAUGGACAGAUCAAAGUUUAUGUCAAACAUGAUGGCAUCGUCCCUGGGCGCGGCGAUCACGAUGCCGAUCUGUGGGUUCCUCAUCGCGCACUUAGGAUGGGAGUCGGCUUUCUAUUUUACUGCUAUAAUCGGAGUGAUGUGGUCUGUCGCAUGGUUCGCCGUCGUUUACGAUACGCCUGCUCAGCACCCUCGCAUCUCGGAGACUGAACGCAAUUAUCUGAUGAAGGUUAUACCACAAGACUCCAACGGCAAAGGGCACAUGCCAAUACCUUGGAGAGGUCUACUCCUCUGCCCUGCGGUGUGGGCUAUCAUCUUCACCCACGGCGCCUCCGUCUUCGGCUACUUCACCGUCGUCAACCAGCUGCCCAGCUACAUCGAGAGCAUCUUACACUAUGAUAUUCAUCACAAUGGUCUUCUGUCAUCGUUACCGUACUUGGGCAAGUAUUUAUGCGCUCUUGCAUCGUCGGUCCUCGCUGACUGGCUCCGUCGCAGCGGCAAGCUCUCCACCACAGCCGCUAGGAAACUAUUCACCGGUUUUGCCGUUGGAAUGCCAGGAUUUCUGAUGAUUGCCCAAGCUUAUAUGGGUGGUGACCGAGUAUGGUCCAUCGCUAUCUUCACAUCAGCUCUCACCAUCAACGGCGCGGUGACUGCAGGGUACCUCGGCAAUGGUCUGGAUAUUGCACCUAAUUUCAGUGGCACUAUUUUUGGCAUGGCGAACACCCUGUCGUCUUUGGGUGGCUGGCUAUCUACCUUCAUGGUCGGAGAACUGACCCACGGCAAUAACACUCCAGAGCAAUGGAAAAUCGUGUUCUACAUCUUAGCAGGCACAUACUUCGCUGGAGCUUUAAUCUUCGUGACCUUCGGAUCAGGGGAACUUCAGCCCUGGAACUCACCAAACAGUGUUCGUAAAGAUGAAAAGCAUGAAGAACAACCCCUCAAUGAAGAGAAAGCGUGA